CGUUUGUUAUGAUGUUGGGCGAGGAAGUCGUCAGCGAUUAGGGACUAGAAUUCAGGAUGGCAGUCGACUUCUGCGACUAUUUUUGGGGGGAAGAGCACAAUGGGUGGAAUGUUCUGUAUCAGAAUAUGAAACAAGGUCAGACUGCAAGUAAAGAAUUAGCAGAAUUUUUCAAGGAGAGAUGGUCAAUAGAUGAAACAUAUUCCAAAUCUCUUGCAAAGUUAGCCAACAAAGCUGGAAGUAACACUGAGAAGGGGACUUCUGCACAAAUAUUUGUUGUGCUCCGCCAGUCAUCAGAGAAAUUGUCCAAUAUACACUCUCACACCGUCCAACGUGUGCAGGACUUAGUUAAGGAGGUAGUCAAGUACAAUGAGGAUCUACAUAAGAAGUAUAAAGGGGUGAAAGAUGAAGAGAGUCAAACAGAAGAGAUUGUCAAGAGCAUUCAGACAACCAGCGGACUAGCACAGAAGGCACGAGAAACCUACAGCCAAAGAUGUCAGGAUUUAGAAAAAGUAAGGAGAGAUGGUGCAUCGCCAAAGGAUGUAGAAAAGGCAGAAGCUAAAUUGCGAAAAGCUCAUGAUGAAUAUCGAUCACUAGUGGAGAAGUAUAAUAAUAUUAGGGAGGAGUUUGAGAAGAGGAUGACUACAUCGUGUAUGAAAUUUCAAAGUGUGGAGGAGUCUCACUUAGCACAAAUGCUACAGUUUGUGCAAACCUACAUAAAUGUUUUACAAAGCAACCAUGAAGCAAUGGGUCAGGUACACCGUGACCUUCUCAGCCAGUACUCUCAGUUCUCAGUGGAAAAACUGCUUGACCAGUUUGCGCUUUCAAAACAUACAGGAUUAGAAAAACCAUAUGUGAUGGUUUUUGAAGAUGCUGGGUCUCUAGGAUCAGCUGUUUCAGGACAGCAGUCGCCCGAACCUGCUGAUCAGUCCAAAUCCUCAGCAGAAGAUGCAGGGGUUGGCGGGGGAAGCUCCAGUGGUGGCGUCCUAGCUGGAGGUACUGUGGUUGUCACAAAGUCGGGUAGGAAAGAAACUGGUAAAAAGUUUUUAAGGGAGCGUGCUUCCAUGUUUUCUAUGUCCAGGGUUACCCUAAGGUCUCCCUCAGUGACCACAGCAGGAAGUGGUGGAGGUGGGGGGCAAGGGGGGGAUAACAGCAGGGUCACGGUCAGUCCUCCCUCCACACCCACCAACAUCACACAGGAUCCCAGUCACUCUCCAGAAAUUAAAACAGCUGGGGCUUCCGUGUGCACACCUCCCACAAGAGGUAGCAACAACUCUAGCACUAGCAACAGCAAACCGUCCCGUCGCACCACCUCUCUCCUCAACCUCUUUGUGGCGUCCACUUCUUUCACUGGUCGAAGUGAACGUGAGUGGUCUGCUCCCCCCAGCUGUAAUUCAGGUGGGGGGGAAGGUAGCCAGGAUGGGGAUGGGGGUGAGAGGGUCACCGAGAGCCUCCCCCCUUCCCCAGCCAAGGCUCCCCCUGCACGUGUUACCAGUGCCCCCACCAGCCCUACUGCAGCGGACGAUCCAAGCCUGGCCCGCAGUGUAUUCCGCUCCUCAAAGUGGUUCCUAAGAAGUAGAAGAGAUAAGAAGAAAGAAAAAAAGAGCAAGAAGAAAAAAGAUGCUGAUUCAUCAAGCAAUAAAGAGGAAAAGUCAGACAAUGAGGUGAAUGAUGAUCCAGGGCCAAGAACCAGUGAAUUGAUAUCAACCUCCAUAACACAAGGAGGAUCAGACAAAACGACUGGACCAUUAACAACAAGUGUUGAUGAAGAAGGCUUUUCUGUGCGACCCCAGGAAAUCAAGACCCCAGCUGAGGAGACCAGUUUUGACUCUUCAUCUGACUCAGACUCUGAUGGAGAGUCAGACAAAAAGAUCCAUGUUGAGAUCAAGCCAAUAAGCAAUGGUAAUACCCCAAUGUCAGCUAGUGUUGACGAACUAAGAGCUACAAUCGAAGGAAUGUCAUUAUCACCCAUGCCAUUUGCCUCGCCUCGUGUGCCUCCACGCCAGAUUUACGCGGAUGGAAAGAUCAAGAUCAGAUACUUAACAUUACAGAAGACAAGAAGAACGUCAACAGAUACACAAGACUCGCUUCCCAUGAAACGUUCCAACAGCAUCACCCAUCAGCUAAGCAGUAACAAGACAAGUUCUGCAGACCUGUUAGGAUUAAAUCUUACCUUUGGUGGGAGCUCUGGGACCAGUGAUAGCAGUCCAAGAGGGGUUCUAGCAACUAGCACUGUAGGGGACACUGCUGUCAACAGACCCAUGUCCCCAGCAUCUAAUGCAUUAACAGGUCUUUCAUCACCAGCGCCAUCUGUCAGCUCUAUAACAUCUCCUGUGCUGGCUCCACCCCCACGUGCUGAUAGAUAUGCUGAGCUGAGUGAAAUUCUUAAUGAAACUGAAGGGGAUACUCCACCUGCCCUUCCUCCAAGAACGGGUGGAGGCUCGUCAAGUCGUGGAUCCACGCCCACUCCAACAAUGGCAAUACCCCGACCACCAUCAAGAAAAGCACUGGAGGGGCCAUCUCCAAGGGGACGCCAAAGUCCUGCAACAGUAUCCGGACUCUCCCGAGCAGAAUCAGUGUCGAGUUUAGAAUUCCGCACCUCCAGCAUGGUGGGAACAUCCCGUGGGCCAUCUCCCCUCACAAUUGGGUUGUCUGACACCAUACCUAUUGCAGUUGCAUUCCAAGAGCUGUGCCAUGCCUAUUUUAGAGGCAGUGAUGAGUCCAAGUGUCAGGUGAAAGUUACAGGAGAAAUGAUGGUAUCCUUUCCAGCGGGUAUUGUUGGUGUCUUGGCCAAUAACCCCUCCCCUGCUCAGCUAUCAUUUAGGGUUAAUAAUUUUGCCAGAGUUACAAAUGUCUUACCCAACAGACAACUUAUUACCAUGGAUACAGAACAGUCAACUGAGGAAUGUGGUGCAUUUGACUUCAACAUGCCAGCUCUCACUGCUCUACUUCGAAAGCAAGCAGAAAGUAACCCUUCAGCAUCCUAUUUUAAUGUGGACAUGAUAAAGUACCAGGUUAAUAUUGGAAGUGGAGCUCAGUCAUCGCCGCUGCAGCUGGUUUCGUAUUGGAAAUGUGAAGACUCCCACACAGAUUUACGCAUAGACUAUAAGUAUAAUCCUCAUGCCAUUGCUUCACCAUCUCCAUUGCUCAAUCUGAACAUUAAGGUGCCGGUGGAUGGUGUUGUUGGAAAUAUGCAGUCAAAGCCUUCAGGACAGUGGCUGAAAGACGAGCAGAAAGCUAUGUGGAAGAUGACAGAGUUGUCACAGCACUCGACAGGUGGUGGUGUGGGGUCACUGAGAGCAAAGUUUGAAGUCGCAGCUGGGCCAUCCACACCAGCCACUGUAUCGGCUUAUUUCAACUGUGAAGGGACAACUGUAUCUGGGCUAGAAUUUAGUCUGUUUGGCUCAGGGUAUCGAGUUUCACUUAUAAAGAAGAGAUUUGUCUCAGGCAAAUACAUCUGUGAUGCAGAUGCUGUGUUAAGACUACGAUAUGGCUCGAUCCCUAGUUAGUAUUAUAAGAUAUAUAUAUAGACAUUAAGUUUUAUUGAAUGAAAGAUUAUGAUAAAUGCAAAGAGUGUAAUGUACAGCAUUUGGUGACAUACUACACAUAGUAGAAAUAGCUAAAGUGGGACAGUAUCUCUGACUUUUAUGUGAUUAUGUGUCUUUUACAACACUCUGCCUCAUAUUCUUGUACUUUUCUCACCGAUUCAUUUCCUUCAGGUCACUCUUAAAUAAAAAACAGUUACAGAAUAAUGGAACCCAGUAAAAAUAAAGCUUAGGAUACCAGUAGAGAAAAGAAGUGCAUUCUUUAAAAUUAUGCCCAUUAAUUUAUUUUGCAAAGGAAGAAUUGUUUUUUGUAUUCAUAUAUAUAUAAUGAUUAUUUCUUAAUUUCUGAUGAUGAUUUCUUGGAAUAACUUUUUUUUUUGCAAUGUCUCUAAUAAUUGGAAUUACAAAAAGGGUCAGCAUGAUUAAAAUGUACCAAAAAGGUUGUUUGUGUGAAAGAUACUGGUAACACGAAAUGAUUCCUAAAAGGGGUGCACAAGAGGAAGUAAUGAUGCAUGAGGUAAUGUCCAUGUUUAGGACCUUCUUAUACACUAUGUUCUAGCCCUUAUAUCUUCAUCAAGAGAGUAAUGAUCUCGUUCAGAUGAAGUAUGUUAUUUUCAAUGGAGGAGUGUAGUACAAUUCUUUGAGCUUCAGAAGCUGAAUGUCUCUAGUUGAUUCACAAGGGUUUUCCUUUUUGUUAAACUUUUCUCUUGAUCUACAAAUGUUUUUUUUUUUUUGCAACUCUGGUGAUAUUCUGAAUGGAAACUGUCUGGAAGUUCAAGAUUGCCACUUUAUAUUUGCAUCAGUUUCAACCUAGGAUGUCAUAGUCCUUCACUUUAUCUUGUUUCAGAGAAUAUCUAGGACCUAGCUUUGUUAAAAUUGUAAUUUUAUUAGGAGAAUAUCAAGUGGAACCCAUUAAUAUAUUAGUCUUAAAUGAAGGCGCUGACAUAUCGAAGGCUGAAUUUAUAGCGUGUACUGUCAGGAGUUUGCUGAUCCCUUUUGUAUCAUAAGUUGUAUGAAUGGACACAUUUGCACACCCUUAGGAGGAGCUGUAGUUAUGUUUCUCAUGGAACUUAGUCAUUUCACCAGUUAUGGAAUGUGUUUAGAGAAAAUUAUCCUUUUAUCACAGUUCCUCUUUCCUCUGAAUGAGUAACUACAUUUUUUUCUAGUAUAUAUUAGUAACUCUGAAUAUUAGAAAAGACAAAUUUAAUGAAGAAAAAAAAAUUGAGCACUAUGAGAAAUUUGCCCAUGCUGUUUCUGUUAUAUUAAUUUGCACCAUCUGUAUUUAAAACUACAGGAAACUCUUGACUGAGUGAUCCGAUAACAAAAUAAUGACUUUGCGUGCGAGUUCGUACAUCCUAAGCGUAUUCUCCUUAUUCAUUUUCAUUGCAUAUGUUCUUAUUAUGAUUCUUAUUUCUAAAUAUUGUCAUCAUGAGUAUUAUUAUUUAUUAUUAUUAUCAUCAUCAACAU